CUCCAUAAGCAAGGAGUGAGAGAACCAAGUAGGCUAUGGUGAUGUCUGAAUUCGCACCUAUUUGUAUCUAUUUAGUGAUCAGUCUGCUAGUUUCUUUGAUCCCACUCGGUGUUCCUUUUCCAUUUACUUUCAAUAGUUCAACCUAACCAGAAAAAUGGUUGGCCUACGAAUGCGGUUUCGAUCCUUUAGGUGAUGCCAAAAGUCAUUUCGAUAUACGAUUUUAUCUUGUUUCAAUUUUAUUUAUUAUUUCUAAUCCGGAAAUAAUCUUUUCCUUUCCUUGGGCAUUACCUCUCAACAAGAUUGAUCCAUUUGGAUUUUGGUCCAUGAUGGCCUUUUUAUUGAUUUUGACGAUUGGAUCUCUCUAUGAAUGGAAAAUGGGUUCUUUGGAUCAAGAGUAAUCACUAGUGAUAGGGCCAAAAUCGGGGGGAAGGACAAAGGAAAGAGCAAUACCUACAUCAAAUCAAUUGAUUCGUCAUGGUAGAGAAGAAAAAUGGCACACGGACUAUACUCGAGCUUCAAAUCAAUGUCCUCAAAAGCAAGGAGCAUGCUCGCGUGUUUCAAUGAGAACACCGAAAAAACCUAAUUCAGCUCCACAUAAGAUAGCCAAAGUACGAUUGAGCAAUUGACAUGAUAUAUUUG